AUGAAUGUAAUCUCAACUAAUACAAUAGACGUUCAAAACGUAACCUCUAUUAAUACAAUGGACAUUCAAAAUGGAAUCUCUACUGACUCUGUGACUUCAUCAUCUAUACCAGUAUCUCCUGCUGCUGACAACACCACCACUGCCACAGCCACAAGUUUAACAACAUCUUCAAGAAAUACUUCAGCAGUUUGGAAUCACUUUACAUUAUUAUCAAAUAAACUAAAGGAUAAACUUUGUUUUCAAUUUGUUGAAAAACCUAACUUUCAUAAAAUUCUAAGUGGGAUUUUACCUUGCUUUAGCAUGAGUGCUAAUACAGUAAAGCAAGAUGUUAUGAAAGGAUAUGAUAAAAGAAAAAACUUAAUAAGAACAAUACUUCAAAAUGCUGAAAGCAGAAUCUCUCUUACAUGUGAUGUAUGGACAUCGCUUCAGCAACUAGAAUAUUUGACAAUCACUGCUUAUUUUUUAGAUGAAAAGUGGAAUCUUAUAUCUCUUUUAAUAUCUUUUGAGUUACUUUCCUAUCCUCAUACUGGUGCUAACAUUGGAAAUUGUAUUAAGACUGUAACUGAUAACUACCUAAUUACUACAAAAAUACAAACUAUUACCCUUGACAAUGCAAGUUUGAAUGAUGUUGCAAUCUGUAAACUAAUUAAUUCUGCUUCGCAGGAUUUAAUUAACAUUAAAAAAGAACUUUUUCAUAAUCACUGUCUUGCUCAUAUUCUGAACCUUAUUGUGAAAGAUAGAUUAAAGAAAUUUCAAAGUUUUGUCAAGGCAAUACAUACAACACCAAAACGGCAUCAAAUAUUUUUAGAG